GGGUCCCCAAAACCCUGUUUCCUCCCUGCCAGGGCAGGAUGGAGCCACCCCAUCACCCUCCUCCACCCCACAGCACUGAGUCGGCUUCCUGCCCUCCGCCACACUCCCGGGGCUGCCGGAGCGCGGGGACACGGCCAAGCCACGUCCCCAGGCUGCUGAGAGAGGGACACCCCGAAUCCCAGACCCCUGAAUUCCAUGGGGCUGCCCCGCUGAGGGGAUGGGGGGGCUCUGCCUGCUCUUGGUGGCUCUUUCUGCCGUGGCACCUGCACGAGUCCCCACAGAAACGACGGAACCUCCCAAUACUCCGACUGGGAACACCUCAGUGACACCGGGUCCCAGAGCGCUCCGGCUGGUGGGCGGCCGGAGCCGCUGCGAGGGCCGGGUGGAGCUGGAGCAGGAGGGGACGUGGGGGACGGUGUGUGACGACGGCUGGGACAUUCCCGACGCCGACGUCGUGUGCCGCCAACUGCAGUGCGGCCACGCCGUGAGAGCCCACGGCGACGCCGCCUUCGGCCGCGGGCACGGCCCCAUCCUCCGGGAUGAGGUGGGAUGCCAGGGACACGAGCGGGACCUCUGGGAAUGUCCGGCCGCGCUGGAGCACGACUGCAGCCACAAGGAGGACGCCGGCGUGGUUUGCUCAGAGCACCAGGAGUGGCGGCUCUCCGGAGGCCGGGAUGGCUGUGCCGGCAGGGUGGAGGUGUUCUUCCGCGGUACUUGGAGCACGGUGUGUAACAGCACCUGGUACGAGGCGGAGGCCGCGGUGCUGUGCCGGACGCUGGGAUGCGGGGAUGUGCUCCAGCGGCCCUCCUUCAGACACACGCUUCCCGGGAAGAUGACAUACAUGUGUGACAACCUGCAGCCCUCGCUGGCAGAGUGCCUCUGGAUCUUCAAUAAAUCCGCUCCCUGUUACCAAUCCGGGGCUGCCGGGGUCAUCUGCAAUGGCUCCCAGGGUUUGGAGGUGCCAACGCCCACGGCGGCUGAGGUGACGCCCAGGAAUGUCACUGUCCUGCACGCCGAGGAGGGGACCCCAACCUUGGGGACACCGCCAGUGGACAGUCCCCUCUUUGUCCUGUGCCUGGUGCUGGCCGCGCUGCUCCUGCUCUCCGUGCUGGCCUUUUCUGCUGCCCUGCUGAGGCUGAGGAAGAGGAGCGCCAUGUCCUCCUUGGGAAUACCCAUGCCAGUCCUGGUGACCCACAGCUCCCAGAGCCCCAGCGCUCCCUCCGGGAUCCCCAACGACUACAGGAAGACUCCCACCAGCCUUCCCAAAAAAUCAGACUGUCUGGUCACAGCCAUUUCCAAGGAUUCAGAUUCCGACUCGGAAUAUUAUGAGUUCAGCAGCAAGCCUCCUGUCGCCCUGUCCACCUUCUACAACUCCCUGCGCCGGCAUUCCAGGGAGGAUUUUCUUCCUCUGAGACCCAGCCAGGACAGGAUGGAGCCAUUCCCUGAGGACGAGUCAGCCAGGCCAGGCCCUCCACUCCGCAGCUCCUCCAGCUCAUCCUCAACCUCAUCCACGGAGCCCUACUGGAAUGGCAGCAUUCCCCCCCCUGCCCAGGGCCCCCAGGGGCACCCGGCAGCCACCAGCCAUGGCUGUGGCACAGCUCCCCCAGUUCCCCCGGCAGCGCCUGCCCCAGUGCCCUCCCAGCCCUGGGUACCUGCAGCUCCGGCAGAUCCCGAUCCCGACGGCAGCUCCAGCACCUCCUCGGGGGAGUGGUACGAGAACGUGCAGGAGACGGAGCCCCCCGGAGACCCCUCCUCACAUCCAGGUGAGGAUCCUGUGCUGGAGGUGGGGGAGGCAACAGAGUCUUCAAACGGGCCCAGAGGUGACGUCAAAAAACCACAGAGGGAGGAAAAACAGCCGGUUCCUGUCCGGGCCCCCUCCCUCGCCUGCUCCGGGCCGGGCAGCGGAGGCGGCGGAGCCCCCGGAGCCUCCCGUGCCCCCAUGGCACCAGCGGAGCCCAUGGCAACCCGGCUGCCCAUCCUGUGCCUCCUGCUGGGAAUGUGGGCCAUCCCUGACCAUGGAGGAGCCACCUGGAUCCCUGGAGAAUCCAUCCUGAGACUCAGCAGAGGCGGCUGCCGCUGCACUGGGAUUCUGGAGGUGAACUGGGAACACCAGUGGAGACCAAUCUGCUGGGAGAGCGUGAGCAUGGGAGACCUGGGUUGGAUCUGCCAGCAGCUGGAGUGCGGCCCCCCGACCUCUGAGCCCUUGGAGCUCAUCAUUCCUGGUGGGAGAGAGCCACAGAGUCAGCCCAGGAGGUGCAGUAACCCACUGGGAUGCCAGUGGGAGCUGGAAAACUGCACGGAGCAUGUCAUCGUUGCCUGUAAAGAGCCAGUGAAAACCACUCCCAAGCCCCCACCAACACCCCCGGCCACCACCCCAGAGCCCACGGGACCCCCCAGGCUGCGGCUGGUGGACGGGAAUUUCAGCUGCUCUGGCUUCCUGGAGCUGCACAAGCAGGGGCUGUGGGGGGCUGUGGCGAGCUUCCCGGACACCUGGACACAUCUGGUCACCCUCAUCUGCCAGGAGCUGCGCUGUGGCACUGCCGGGAGCAGCCACGGCAAGCCGGAUCCCGGGAUCCACCUGCCGGUGCGGUGGGAGGCAGUGGAUUCCUGCGGGAGCCAUUCCCUGCUGGACUGCUUCAACAGGAGCAGCCCCCGGGACAAAGCGCCCGCCUUCAUCACCUGCUCAGAUUCCCAGCCGCGGGCCCUGCGGAGGCUGGCGGCCGGCCCCACUCCGUGUGAAGGGGACAUCCAGGUGUUCCAUGCAGGACAGUGGUGGGAUCUGUGCGAGUCCGGAGCAGCGCAGCGAGACAAGCGUGGCCGGCAGAUCUGCCGGGAGCUGGGCUGCGGGAAUCUCACUUCCAGCAUGGAAAUCCGGGAGCCUCCCUCGACGGGAGUCACCUGUGAGCUCGAACCCCUGCACCUCUGCCAGCCCAAACUUGGGAAUGCCCGGAGCUGCUCCCGGACCAGAGUUGUGUGCCAGGACUCAAAGCCGCUUCCCACGGGAACGUCUGCUGGAACCGUCGUGAGCAUCUGCCUGGCCCUGCUGCUUUUCCUCAUCCUUUCCCUGAUCUGUGGCCCUCCUGCCUAUCGGAAGCUGAUGAAGAGAAUCUCCAAGAAGAAGCAGCGCCAGUGGAUCGGCCCCACAGGACUCAACCAGACGGUGUCUUUCCACCGCUCCAGCACCGCUCCGAGGCCUCGGGGACAGGGAGGGGACAACGACUACGCUCAGGCCCCCAAAAAGAGCUCCCAGCUCUCCGCUUACCCAGCUCUGGAAGCAGCGUGCCGGCGUUCCAACCCUCCGGAUAACUCCUCGGACAGCGACUACGACCUGCACUCUGCCCGCAGGGUGUGACUCCCUGCUUCCCAAAGGAGCUGAUGCCACCUCCCACCUCAGCUUUGGGGGCAUCCCAGCAUUCCAGCACCCUUCCAGGAGCACUUCCCACCCUCCUCUUGGGAGAAAAGGAGGUUUUUGGGGUUUUUUUAAAGCUAUUUAUAGGAAUUUAAGAGGUACGGGGGUGCAAGGAGCCCUUUGGAAUAGUGGGAUCACCAGCUUCUCCAAACCAGGAUAAAGAGUUGGGAUGAUGGAUAAAGGAUAGGGAUGCAAGGGUGGGAAUACUGAGAAUGAGUCUGAGAUAUUUAAUAACAAAUACU